AUGGAUCUUGCAUACUUCAAGGUUAUUACAAGCUGUAUCAGAUACAUUCCGCAAGUCCUGCAGAACAAGCGCAGGAAAUCCAUGUAUGGAUCUUCAAAAUCCCAACUUUUGCUAGAUAUGAUUGGCUGCUUAUUUUCAGUACUUGAAAUAGGGAUAAAGAAUGACCGACCACUUGCUGAAGCAUUAUCAUUGAACAGGGGAAAACUUGGUCUUAUAGCUAUAUCAGUUUUGUUCGAUACGACUUUUGUGAUCCAAUUCUGGUUAUACUCUUCCGAUGAUAGUCUUUCACAUUCUAUAGAGAUGGACAGCUUCAAAUACAGAGCCAAAUAA